AUGGUCAUCAACAACCAAGAGGAACGCUCACGCUUGAAAUACCACGAGCUGAAGUCCAGGGUCUCCGAACACAUUCCGGUAUAUCAGCAAGAGGAGGAACAACCAGAUAUCUGGAAACUACUGAAGGGGAAUAAAGAUGACUUUUUCAUUUAUGACAGGUGUGGGUGCUUGGUGAAACACAUCGGGCUUCCCUAUGCAUUUUUGCAGUUCAGUUAUGUGGAGGAUGCAAUAAAGUCAGUGUAUUGUGAAAACACCUGUGGAGACUGCAAACACCAGAUUCCCGAUGUGUGCAAGAAAGAAGAGGAAGUACCAGCACAGGAUAAAGUUGAGGAAGAGCCAGUGGAGGCACUUAAACAUCGUCCCCAUCAUCAUCGCCACCAUCACAGACAUGGCCAUCGGCAGCGGGAGGAGGACACAUUGGCAGGCAGUGGUCCAAACACCAAUGUGCACAGGAAACAUGACCGCCAACAGGGAGAAGGAGAGGGAGACGUUGAAGAUGUCAGGGUAGAACACCUUACAGAGAACAGGGUAGCUGAGUCAGACACCUCAGUCAUAAGAAACAAACUCUGA